CCAGGCUGAUGUCAGUUACCACCAUGACAGGUUAUAGGAAGGACGUAGUGCUGUUGUGUGUUGUGGUGUUUGUGUAUGGUUCACUUCCUAACACUUGUGCUGCUAUCUUCUCCUCUAGAGGUGUCGAGGGCAGCGACACCAAUGAGAUAGAAGCCAUCAACUUCCUGCGUGAGUAUGACAAAGAGGCAUCUACCAUGUGCACCCGCUUCAUGGAGGCCAGCUGGGACUUCAACACUAACGUCACGGAAACCAACAGGCGUAAAAUGCUUUUGCGGCAGAUGGAGUGGUCUGAGUUCCACCGCAACAAGUGGAAGCAAGCCACCACCUUCGCCUGGAAGAACUUCACUAAUCCUCUCGUCAGGAGAAUGUUCUCCUUCGUCACAGUUCUGGGGAAGGCUGCUCUUCCCAAGGAGAAGCUGCAAGAGCUGUCGGAGCUGGUGCAGGACAUGAAGACCACAUAUUCCACGGCCAAAAUCUGCAAGUACGACUCCACGCAACGCCGACUCCCCAACGGCGACUACGACUACUACGCCGACUUCGAUGCUGAGGACAACGAAAUCGGCUGCGUCCCCACACUCAGCCUGGAGCCCGAAGUGACGCAGAUCAUGGCGAGGUCGCGGGACCCUGAGGAACUGCGCUAUGUGUGGCGGGCAUGGCGGGAGGCUGCGGGCAAGCCGCUCAGACACAAGUACAUCCGCUUCGUCCAGCUGGCCAAUGAGGCCGCCAGGCUCAAUGGGUUCGAGGACGCCGGGGCAUAUUGGAGGAGUGACUACGAGACAGACGACUUACACAAAGAAUUGCAGGAGCUUUGGGAUGUGCUGCGGCCGCUGUACGAGCACCUGCACGCCUACGUCAGGAAGAAACUGCGGGAAAAGUAUGGAGAGAAGGUGGUGCCCCGCUCUGGACCCAUCCCAGCCCACCUUCUAGGGAACAUGUGGGCUCAAACGUGGACCCACACCCAGGACUUGACCAUUCCAUACCCUGGUCGCACCUCUGUAGACGUAACCGCUUCCCUCCUGCGCCAAGGCUACAUGCCCCUCCACAUGUUCCGUCUGGCCGAGGAAUUCUUCACGUCGCUGGGGCUCGACCCCAUGCCCUUGGGUUUCUGGCAGAAAUCGCUCAUCGUCAAACCUACCGACAGGGAGGUGGUGUGCCACGCCUCAGCCUGGGACUUCUGUAAUGGCAUCGACUACAGGAUCAAGCAGUGUACUCGAGUGACGACAGAAGACCUCAUUACCAUUCACCACGAGAUGGGUCACAUUCAGUACGACAUUCAGUACCGCAACCAACCUUUCAUCUUCAGAGAUGGCGCUAAUCCCGGAUUCCACGAAGCAGUGGGGGAUGUACUAGCAUUGUCUGCCUCCACCCCCCACCACCUCCAGUCCAUCGGUCUGUUGGAGAACGUCGAUGACUCCUACGAGACCGACAUCAACUUCCUCUUUACCAUGGCUCUGGAUAAGAUAGCUUUUCUGCCUUUUGGAUACUUGGUGGAUUUAUGGCGGUGGGAAGUAUUCAGCGGGAAGACUGGAGAGUUAUCCCUCAACCGUCGAUGGUGGGAGCUCCGAUUGUCCCUGCAGGGCGUGUCACCGCCCCUUCCCAGAGAUGAAGAUGACUUCGACCCUGGCGCUAAGUUCCACAUUCCUGCCAACGUUCCUUACAUCAGGUACUUUAUCAGCUUCAUAGUGCAGUUCCAGUUUCACGCUGAGCUGUGCAAGGCCGCGGGACACGUGGGUCCUCUCCACCACUGUGACAUCUACCGCUCCCACAAAGCUGGUACACUCCUCAGGAACGUAUUAUCACUUGGCAAGUCUCGGCCCUGGACGGAGGCGCUGUUGAUUUUGACAAGCGGCAAGACGAGCAAGUUGGAUGUUAAGCCCAUCCUGGAGUAUUUUGCCCCUCUCAUCGCCUGGCUCAAGUCACAGAACCGGGGGGAGUUCGUCGGCUGGAGAGUGAGUGAAGCCAUCGUGCAGCCAGUGAGGACGUCCAACGCCUCGGUGAUCACUGGGGUAAUCCUAGCCAUCGUGGCCGUGGUGUUCUUCGUGGUGGUGAUCGUGGCUGUGGUCAGGAAGAUCAGGGGCACGGGCAAGGCCUUACAUGCAGUGACGCAAGGCAGCUGAGACAGCGCCCGCCCGAACUCUGAGCUCCAGAUUAUUGAGGAAGAUUUGGGAACGAUAUAAUGGAAGGUGAUCUUGUGUAUAUGUAAUCAUUUUAUGAAAAGUUCACCUUCAUCACAAGCACUGGAUAAAACGCGAAUUAUAUAAGUGUUUUCAUGGCCACCUCACCACUACUUCCUAAACAUUAGAUGAAAUGACAUAAAUAUUAAACUACUCUCGUCGCCAUCGCAUAAGAAUUUGUAAUCCAAUCUCAUUUAGUUUGCGAUUCACCAGCUAAUAUGUGUUGGCUUAAAAUGAUCCCAGGAUCCCUUGACUUAUCACAAUAAAAAAUAAAAUGUUGAGAUCCUUUAGGAAUGUCGAUCAUCUUUUCCUAUUGUAGGCAUAAUCAUCUUCAGUGCUGUGAGAUAUGUACAUCCUAUUGAAAAUGUCCUCAGAUUUCGGGUUAAUAUUAAAAGGGUCAUUAGGGCAC